AUGUUCUUACCCGGUAACGAUUACUUUACAGCUCGGGAUUCUGUCCCGAUCCAAACCGAGGCUGAUCACGAAUCUCAAAGAGGUGGGCCAGACAGCUUUCAUCCAUGCCUUCUAGUACCAGCCGGGACUAACGGAGCGGUGAGCAUUCUGGGCCUAGUGUUUUCAGCCCUGGGGGGUCUCUUGGUGGGGGGAGUCAGUUCGUUCGUCGGCGAACAACACCAGUCGAGACGAUCGAUGAUCGUGAGCUGCGGCAUCUUUGGCUUGUUUUGCUCGAUGGUCGACUCGGUCUUGGGCGCCACCUUGCAACAGACCGUCUAUUCCAAGAACGAGAGGAGAGUGGUUGCAAAGUCCAAAGUUGAACUAGGCGGUAGUCGGGAAAUCGUGGUGAUCUGUGGAAUCGAUUUACUUACCAACAAUCAAGUCAACUUGAUAUCUUCAACCGCUACUGGGCUUUUAGCUGGUUUACUAUCUUACUAUUCUAUUAUCCCUUGA